CCGGCUUGUUCGGUCACAUGAUCACUUCGCUUUGGCAAGAUGGCUGACGACCUGCCUGCAGAGCUGGAUGUGGUGAUCCUGGGAACAGGUCUCCCAGAGUCGAUCAUCGCUGCCGCCUGUUCUCGCAUCGGACAGCGCGUCCUCCAUCUUGACUCGAAAAAUUAUUAUGGCGCUAACUGGGCCAGUUUUACGUUUUCUGGAUUACAGACAUGGAUGACGGACUGUCAGAAAGAAGAAAUCGCUGCAGAAGAACCUGAGAUAAAUAAGGAAAACAUAUUGGAAAACGAGGAACCUCUUCUCCUGACCCAGCAACAUAAGAGCAUCCAGAACAUUGAAGUGUUCACCUAUUCUAGAAAUGAAGACUCUGAGAACAUUCAGGAACUUGGAGCACUGGGUGUAAAUCCCGAGUUAUUAACCACUCAGUCCCCAGAAGCAGGGGCCGGCACUGAAGCCUCCAUUGAGCAGCCAAACAUUGUAGCAGAGUCCGUGGACCAGACGCAGCCACAAAGCGAAGCCACCGCAGACCGAGAAGAGUCUAUAGAAAGUGACCUUGUGACCAAUGAUGUCAAUGAGACAGAUCCUUCCCCUGCUGCUGUGAAUCCUACAGAAACCCAGAAAACAGUUUCAUAUUCUGAUAUUGUGAGGGAAGGAAGGAGAUUCAAUAUCGAUUUGGUCUCAAAGUUCCUGUAUUCUCGUGGAUUGCUAAUUGAUCUUCUCAUAAAAUCUAAUGUAAGCCGCUACACAGAAUUUAAGAAUGUCACCAGAAUCCUCACCUACCAUGGCGGUAAGAUCGAGCAGGUGCCUUGUUCCCGCGCUGACGUCUUCUCCAGCAAACAGCUGUCUAUGAUCGAGAAGAGAACGCUGAUGAAAUUCCUUACAUUCUGUGCAAAUUAUGAGCAGCAUCCUGAGGAAUAUCAAGAUCAGGAGGAUUGCACAUUUUCGGAGUUUCUCCAGUCCAAACGAUUAUCCGCCAGUUUGCAGCACUUUGUCCUUUGCUCCAUAGCUAUGGUAUCCAAAUCCGCCAAAACUAUAGAAGGGCUGACGGCGACUCAACAUUUCCUGCGUUGUCUUGGCCGAUACGGCAAUACCCCUUUCCUAUUUCACAUGUACGGUCUCGGAGAGAUCCCUCAAUGUUUCUGCAGGAUGAGCGCGGUGUUCGGGGGGAUCUACUGCCUGCACCAUUCCCUGCGUCGGCUUCUGCUGGACACCCGGACCUCAGAGUGUACAGCGGUGAUUGACAGCAGAGGGAAGCGGAUCAGCUGCCGCCAUGUGGUUAUAGAAGACAGUUACCUGCCGAAAAUCAGCUGCACCCAGGUCUGCUACAGGUGGAUUUCCAGAGCGAUUCUCAUCACUGACAGUUCCAUCCUGAGCUCAGAUUCAGACCAGGAGAUCUCUGUGCUGACGGUUCCCCCGGAUGAUGAUCAUGAGACGACUGUGCACCUGACCGAGCUCUGCUCCGCCACCAACACCUGCAUGAAACACACGUAUCUCGUCCAUCUCACGUGUACAUCCGCAAAGACGACAGCACGAGAAGACUUGGAGCCCGUAGUGAAGAAGCUGUUCACACUGGACUCGGAGGAAGAUCGGGGCGCGGAGCAGGAGAAGCCGCAGGUCCUGUGGGUUCUGUACUUUAACAUGAGAGACUCCUCUGGAAUAGACCGUCAGUCAUAUACGGGACUUCCCUCCAACCUGUAUGUGUGCAGCGGACCGGACCCCGGCUUCGGGUAUGAUGGCGCCAUCCAGCAGGCAGAGAAUAUUUUCCGUCAGAUGUUUCCUGCGGAGGAGUUCUGCCCGCCGGCCCCCAACCCAGAAGACAUUAUAUAUGAUGGGGAACCCGUGGCACAGCCGGACCCCGAGGAUCCCGAUCAAUCAAUCAACCUGAAGGCAGAAACAUCACCGGAAAACGUAUCCGAUCCUGCGGAGGAGCCACAGGCAGAAUGACCGCACAGACGCGCCCAUCCAUACAGGCUGCGAAGUCUCCGCCUAUCUGUGAGAACAUGUCCGCUAAGUUAUGUUACCAAAUGUAUCAAGUGCAAAGAUUUUCAUAUCGCUUCUGGCAUUAAACAAUGUAACAAAU